UUAUCAACAUUGCGAAAGUUAACCCCACAACGCAACUGGAGAUGAUUAAUCCACUCGGUAACUGAGCCAUGGAGGAGCUGACAACUUCUGUUCGACAGCAACAUCAAUUCAGUGUUAGCGGACUGCAAAGAUAUCUGUCUGUCAAGUCACGGACCGUGUCAAAUAAUGACACGCUCACUGUCAGACAGUAUAGCGCUGGUCAGUCAAACCCAAGCUUCCUAAUCCAAACUCCCUCAAACAGUUAUGUUCUGAGGAAGAAGCCUCCAGGUGAGCUGCUGCCAGGAGCUCACAAGGUGGACAGGGAGUAUCGGGUGCAGAAGGCCCUGUUCUCUGCUGGAUUCCCUGUACCUCAGCCUCUGUUGCACUGCACUGAUGCUGAAAUCAUUGGAACAGAGUUCUACUUAAUGGAGCAUGUGAGGGGGCGUGUAUUCAGGGAUGUUCGUCUCCCUGGAGUGAGUGCAGCAGAGAGAGCAGCUCUAUAUGUGGCUGCAGUGGAAGCGUUGGCAAAGCUCCACUCACUGGACCCGGCAUCACUGAACCUUGAAGGAUAUGGAAAAGGAUCAGGUUACUGCAAGAGACAAGUGUCCACCUGGACAAAGCAGUACACCGCAGCAGCCCACAGAGACAUUCCAGCCAUGAAUGAACUGUCUGACUGGUUGAUGAAGAAUCUGCCAGCCACUGAUAACGAGGUCACGCUUGUCCAUGGAGAUUUCCGAUUGGACAACUUGAUAUUCCAUCCAAGAGAGGCACGUGUGAUGGCAGUACUGGACUGGGAGCUGUCUACCACUGGGCAGCCCUUGGCAGACCUGGCCUACUUCCUCAUGCCUCACUUCUGGCCUACAAGCAUUAACAUCAGCAGCACAAUGGGCAGUUUAAAAGGAAUAGAAGGUAUCCCAACUGUGGGAGACCUGAUCUCCAUUUACUGCCGGGUCCGGGGGAUCCCGUCUGCUUUGCCACAGUUGAAUUUCUACCUGGCCCUGUCUGUCUUUAAAAUGGCAGGAAUGUCACAGGUUUCCUGAUCACGCCACCUACUGGGUAAUGCCAGUGCUCCCAACACGUUCGGCCAGUGUGUGGAGCCCUUGGCUAAGAUUGCCUUGCAGCUUGCACAGAGGUAUGUUGGCUGCUAAGAGUUGUGUAAGACGAUGCUUGUGGUUGUUUUUACAUCAGGAGACGGUCUGUUCCUGCAGACACCUAAAGGUCAGGCUGUUCUCCAACAGGUCAAAGACUUCAUGAGACAAAACGUGCUUCCUGCUCAGGAGGAAGUUGCAGAGUACUACUCCAAACACGCUCAGUCUCCACAGAGGUGGCACACCCCCCAGAUAAUACAGGAUCUAAAGGUGAAAGCUAGGGAGGCGGGGCUGUGGAACCUAUUCCUGCCUGCGGUCAGCGGCCUCAGUCAGUUGGACUAUGCCUACAUUGCAGAGGAAACUGGGCGCUACCUCUUUGCCCCUGAAGUCUUCAACUGCCAGGCUCCAGACAGAGGCAACAUGGAGGUGCUCCACAUGUUUGGCAGUGAGGAGCAGAAGAGUAAAUGGCUGGAGCCUCUGCUCAAAGGAGAGAUCCGCUCCUGCUUCUGUAUGACGGAGCCUGAUGUGGCCUCCAGUGAUGCAACCAACAUGGAGUGCACUCUUUGCAGGGAUGAAGACGACUUUGUCAUAAACGGCAAGAAAUGGUGGAGCAGUGGUGCUGGCAAUCCCCAAUGCAAAGUGGCCAUUGUGAUGUGCAGGAGCGAUUCUCAAGAUGUUAAAAACAGGUCAGUGGAACGACAUGGCCAGCACAGUAUGAUCCUCGUCCCUAUGGACACACCGGGUGUAAAGCUCGUCACACCGCUCACUGUGUUCGGACAGGAUGAUGCCAUCCACGGUGGCCACUUUGAAGUGCACUUUACAAACGUGCGUGUCCCUACCUGUAACAUUAUUUUGGGUGAAGGCCGGGGAUUUGAUCGUCUGGGGCCGGGCAGGCUGCACCACUGUAUGAGGGCUGUUGGUGUGGCAGCGUUGGUACUGGAGCUGCUCUGCCAGCGGGCCAAGUUUGGAAAGAAAUUGUACCAACAUGAAGUUGUUGCUCACUGGAUUGCAGAGUGCCGUCUCAUGAUGGAUCAGACUCGACUGCUGACUCUACAUGCUGCUCGUGCUGUGGAUACACUGGGCAGCCGGGCUGCUCGCAAACAGAUUGCUAUGAUCAAGGUGGCAGCAGCCAGGAUGGCGUGUAAGGUGGUGGACUGUGCGAUACAGGUCUAUGGAGGUGCAGGUGUGUCUGGAGACUUCCCACUAGCACAGAUGUAUUCAUAGGUGCGGACGCUACGCAUUGCUGAUGGGCCAGAUGAGGUGCACCUCUCCUCCAUUGCUCAUCUGGAACUGAGGGAUCAGCUAAAGAAGGCACAUGUCAAGCUGUAAAGUAAUUCACUUCCUGUGGCCACAACAGCCUGAUUAAAUCGGAAUCUGUUUUAAGAAAAUUACAUUGUUCUGACAGUUUAAUCAGGAGGCUUUUUUGUAAAGUAAUUAUUAGUUGUAUGUAUUUUGUUGCAACUGACUUUAAUUAAAAAGAUGAGAUUCAAAGUUUCUGAAUGUCCACUUCAUGUUCGAUUUAAAAAUGACAUUUGUUUAUUAGGAAUCCUUUUUCAUGUUAACUACAAAAACAGAAAAUGAGCAUUCUCAUAACACUCUGUUCGGGUGUGGUCGACCACAUGGAUGAAUUCCAUUGGGAGGUGUUGGGGAAUCAGGACACACAAGCACAUUAUUUUUUUGUACAAUAUAAAACAGUAAUGGCCCCAUCCAUUAGAGAUGCAGCAGCCUCCACUCUUCAUUGUCUAUACAUUAACAUUUGGGCAAAGAUCUUCAGCUACCAAAUCAUUCAGUCAAUCUUUUAUACAACACGGAAAAG